AUGGGCAAUGGAUCUGGCCAGCGGCCGCUUUCCGAAGUGAGUCCCAUGGCCCAGAGGCGCAAUUCGCCAAGCUGGAACCAAGCCACCAAGAUGCCGAACGGUGAAUCGCCCGCAUACGAUGUUUCAUCCUUGAAUAGCAAAGCCUCACCACGACUGUUUUGGAAGGGUCGCGAUUCCCCAUCACCAUUUUCGAAGGGAGCCGAGAACAAAUCCCCAUACGACCCCGAGGGUUCAUAUUUCCCCUCGAAGCGUGCAUCGCUUGAAAACUUGAAACGCGUCUCCAAGGUCAAAAACCACAGUUUCCACGAAGGAAGUCAAGAAUAUGAUCCAGCUUCAGUAAUUGUCCCACACAGGCCACUGGCAUCUGAACGGUCUCCGCAGCGGGAUAGCCAGAUGAAUAUCGCCAAGUCGCAAUUUCAUGACGAGGACCUCGCCCAGUUCGGUCGCCCCCCUUCCCCAAGCAAGGAUCUUUCAUCCCCUGGCAAAUCAUCACUGUCAAAGGGCAGCCGAUUCGGCAAAGGGUUUGACCCUCAGCAUGAUAUCUGGUCCGAACAGGGAAGUAUGGGACAUAGACAUGCUAAGAGCGUGACAUUUGACCAUGCUCCCCCUCAAGUUAACGAAUAUGUAAUGACAACUCCCGAUCCGUCAUCCAUUGCCUCUGGAUCGCGUGAAAAUAGCUACGACUCUGAGGAGGAGGGCGAUAUAAGCUUCGAGCAAGAGUCAUCCAUCGAACGUGACGACAGCUUUGAUGCCUCGUUGGAAGAUAUCGAAAAGACCCCUGUGGUUCUGCCAGAAGACUGGCGAUUCAUGAGCCCCGACUCUAACGACGAGGGUGAUUCAUUCACCGAGCACGUCGAAGAUGACAGCGCCGAGGAGAGGCCGGUUUCGCGUGAAGGUGGCGCAAUUCGACGUCCGCGUGUUGAAUCGCUCGACUCCAACGGCGAGCGCCGUCCACUUCCCCCUCUGCCGUCGAUGAGCCGCAUGUCCGGCGCGCGCCCCUCCUCGGCGGGAAAAUUGGCCACUGCCUUCGAGCUAGGUAGUGCCGGACAGCGUGGGCUUCCUGCACCCCCGGCUGCCGCCUCAUAUAAUAAAGCAGACAUUACCGGCGCUGUCUCUUUGGAGGAUAGACUUCGUCUCAUGAUGCUCCAAGAGAAGAACCCUGACGAGAACCACGACAAAAAGGAGAACCCCGAAGAACCUCUGGAACUUCCUAUGCCCGACGAUGACCCCACCCCGACUAAUGGCGUGCGCGAAGAGGAAGACAGUAAUGACGUCUUCUUUUCUCCACCAAGAAUAUCUCGCGACUCUAUUUUGCGCGGCAUUCGCAAGGGUGACAGCUUUGAGGAAGAAGACAGCUUUGAUGAAUCCCAGCUUGCUUCCAGCCCUAAUCCUUAUGACCAUUACGACCCUGACGUUCCCAUUCCAUCCUUGGAAAAUGACGACGAUGACGACUCAAGCAUAAUCGUGAAGCAAGAAGACCAGGAAGACGAAGAAGACAUUUACUCUAUUUCAGGUUACUAUCAAAACUCGUCCGACAACAGCCUGUCGUCCCGUGAUCAGCGGGCCAAGUAUGAUGACGCCAGCAACUAUUCAUUGCGCUCUGCCGCUGAAGCUGCAGAUCGCGCAGAGGCAGGACACGAGAGCCAGGGCCUCGGCUCUGGGCACACUACACCAACGCGCGAUGAGCACGCUGAUGCUGAAAAACCUGCGGAGUCCACCGAGACCAAUGAAAACAAGGAGAACGAACCCGCCCCUGAAAACAAGGCGUUUGAUAUGACUUCCGUGAGCCAGUCUCUGGCACGCCCUGUCACUCCUGAGAUGCAGGAUGAGGAAGGCUCGGAGCCCUCGACACCAGAUUCCGUCAUCCGUCAUCCAGUAGAAGACGAUGACCAAGAAGAGGAAUAUGAUGACCAAGAGGAAAAGAAUAUCGAUGAGGCACUUCCCAAGCCAGAGAAUGUGGAGGAGGAAAAGCAGGAGCAGGAGGAGACCGAGCACUAUGAAAGCUCAUCUGACGAGUCUGUCCCUGAACCUGUCGCUACGAUCAGGGCCCCCGGCGCAGGUCUCAAGACCCGCCCUUCUCUAACCCCCGCGGAUAUGCAAUCCAUGGCUGCCACUCGUCGCAAGAUCAGUGGCCAGCAUAUCCCCCCAGUUCCUCCAUUGACGAAGCAGCACUCCAACGAGUCCAGCCACUCCGAUGGCGAGCAGAAGCAGAGUGACGCUCCCCCCAAGUUGGCGCUGUCUGGUGAUUUUGCCCAACGGCAGAGCAGUUUAAUGCAACUUGACAUCCCCUUUAGCAUCCAGGAGGAGAGCCUUGGAUCUGGUCUCAACAAAGAGUUUGACCGUGUCAUCGAAUCCCAAAAGGUAGCGUUCCCCUUCGCUCCUUCCUAUAUGGCGCCUUCCCAAAGCAGCCACCCCAAGGACCCCGUCGAAACAGGAAAUAGUACACGAGCUAAUGCCCGGCCUUAUCAACAGCGAGGAUACCUCAUGAGACAAAAUACCAAGGUCAUUAUUGCUAGCAGCCGAAACGAGGAAGAACCUAUGCCCUCCCCUGGCCAAGCCCCCCAGGACUCUCGGGGUACUCGUUCAGCCGGAUCCUCCCCACGCAAACCCAGUCAACAAACCUGGACUACAGAGCCAUGGAAUGGUAGCCCACGGCGACCCAGUAUCAAGGCCACGGGAAUUCCAAAGAAGAAGCCCGUCCCAGGUGUCGGUGGUGUGCCACCCCUCCCCGGACAGGCCAGUGCCGUGCAAGAGGCUCCCGCUACUAUCGAAGAGCAUGAGCCCGCGAUUUCGGAAUCUUUUGAAGACGGCGAGGAGCGCGGUCGCCUAUUUGUCAAGGUUGUUGGUCUCAAAUACUGUGACCUCCCUCUGCCUCGAGGUAUGAAUACCAAGUCAAAUUUGAACAAGGGUCAAUAUGCUAACUCCAAUCGAAUUAUAGGCGAGCGAUCCUACUUUGCACUCACUUUGGAUAACGGCUUACAUUGUGUGACCACAUCUUGGCUAGAGAUGGGCAAGUCUGCUCCUAUUGGUCAAGAAUUUGAGCUCAUUGUCCAGAAUGAUUUGGAGUUCCAAUUGACUCUGCAGAUGAAAAUCGACGAGACCAAGUUCCAAACCCAAGAGCCUCCCGCCUCACCCUCUCGCCAGAAGGCCUCAGCCCUCAGCCGGGUCUUUGCAUCUCCCCGUCGUCGCAAGGAACUUGACAUCAAACAGCAAAUGCAGUCUCAGCAGCAGAAGGCCAAGGAUGUCAACGCCCCUGUAUACGAGCGACUUCGCAAUCUCGUUGCGCGAGACGGCAGCUUCGGCCGCGCUUAUGUUGCCUUGAGCGAUCACGAACAGCAGGCAUUUGGCCGUCCCCACAUCGUUGACGUCGCUUGUUUCAAUGAGUGGGCUGUUGAAGAACAAAUGAGCAGUGUCAAGAGCAAGAAGAGUGCGACCAGCGUGAAUACCCAGCGCCGUCCACCAUACAAGAUCGGAAAGCUUGAAGUGCAGUUGCUGUUCGUGCCGAAGCCCAAGGGAAGCAAGGAUGAGGAUAUGCCAAAGAGCAUGAAUGCGUGUAUCCGUGAGAUGCGUGACGCAGAAAGUGUUGCAUCUCGCUCCUGGGAAGGCUUCCUGUCCCAGCAAGGUGGAGAUUGUCCGUUCUGGCGACGUCGCUUCUUCAAGCUUCAGGGCUCCAAGCUGACAGCUUACCACGAAACAACGCGCCAGCCCCGCGCAACGAUUAACCUGGCCAAGGCCUCCAAGCUCAUUGAUGAUCGGUCCUCUUUGCUCCAGAAGGAGACCAGCACGAGAAACGGUGGCCGCCGCAAGUCCGCCUUUGCCGAGGAGGAGGAUGGCUACAUGUUUGUCGAAGAAGGAUUCCGCAUCCGAUUCGGCAAUGGUGAAGUGAUUGACUUCUACGCCGAUAGCCCCGCCGAAAAGGAUGGUUGGCUUCGUGUUAUGUCUGAAGCUGUCGGCAAAGGCUCUACCUCUGGUGGCGGGUCCAUCAAGCCGUGGGCCGACCUCGUGCUGAAGCGUGAGCGUGCCAUGAAGACCAAGUCUGAGACCGCUGAGCGUCGCCCGGCCAGCUCAAUUCCCAUGCCAACUGCCGCUCCCCCCUCCCCUGAGCGAAACAGGAACAGCGUCUUGACGGGACCUCCAUCCUCAGCGGGAUCCGGGGCGCCGGCGCCUCAAUCUCCCCGUCCUCGUCACAAACACACCUACUCCCAACCUGAGAUGCCAUCUGUCGAAGCUCGUCGUCAGAAGACCCGCUCGCUCAUGUUUUGA